AUGUGCAGUGAGGACCUCAUCCACCAGCAUGUGCUGUACAUCCUCCGCAAGAAUCCCGACGUGUCCAAGUCGCGGAAGGUGCAGCAGGUCACGCAAGGGGUGUACCUCCUGGACGGCCAUGAGGUCAACAUCGAGUGGAGGCACUCCCGCGAACCUGGCAAGCGGGGCUGUCCUGUGGUUGUGGACGGCCCAAUGCGCCAGCCGCUCAUCGAUUACUUGAGAUUCAGCGAGGAGAACAAGGAAUACGACACGGACACGGUGGCAUGCACCACGUCGUUGCACCAGGUGCCGAAAGACCAGCGCAUGACCUUUGAUGACAAGCACAAGCAGUACAGUCGACUGGAGGCGAUGAAGGUUGCCAAGGAGCAGGCCUGUAUCCGGGAGCAAGCGGCGGACUGUCUGCUCGACGGCAAGCAGGUGCCAGAGGACCUCGUGAGGCGCUACAACAAGGCCCUGCGAUCCAAGAUACGCAACAGGGAAGUGGAUCGGCCAGCUGCGGAGCCAUCGGAGCUUCCAAGGCUGCCGGAGAGGGCACCGCCUCGUGCGGCGCAGCCAUCACCAGGUCAGCCCGCGCCGCAGCCGGCACCGGCAGGUCAGCCCUGUCAGCCGGUUCAGCCGGUGCAGCCGGUUCAACCGGUUCAACAGGUUCAGCCGGGUCAGCCGGGUCAGCCGGGUCAGCCGCCGGCUCUGCCGCUGCCGGUGCCGCCAGUGCCACCGCUGCCUUGCUGCCAUUCCCGACAGCCCUCUCCAGCCGCAAUGCGCAUGGCUGCUCAUGCCAUGGCCGGAAGCCUGCAGGCACCAGCGCCGCGCGGCGCCGGCACCCCGCGGUCGCCGCUCUCCGCAGAGGGGCUGGCGCCUUUUCCUGCAGUCACACUGUCCCAGCGCGGGAUUUCACUGAAUGGCCUGCCACCGUUCACGCCUGUCGCCACCCCAACGGCGAACUCUGCAAACCCUGCAGUGGUGCGGGUGGCCCGAAGCUGGAGUGGCUCCUCCAUGCCAGUGAGGGACCCCAGUGUCUCCAGCAUCCCUGUCCGGCCCACUGCGCAGGUGGUCACCGCAGCUCCCAUCACAGUGGCAUCCGUGGCCUUCCGCCAGCUCCCCUCCGUCGUCCUCCCGCCUGCCUCCGAAGCCAAGGAAGCGCGCAAGCCGCUGAAGCCCAGCACCUCCUUGGCCAGUGCUGCCGCAGCGGCGGUGCAGCAAGCGGGGACAAGCUUCCGAUGA